AUGAUGGACAGGCGUGACAUCUAUCCGUACUCCAUCCCGGUUGACCGCGAGGAGGUGACAAGGUCUGGAGCGCUGACGACGCUCCCCGUGAGGAUCCACCGACACAACCAUCUUGCCGACGCAGGAGCCUUGUGUUUGGUCAAUGACUGGCGCCAUACGAUGAAGGAUGGCCAAGAAACAAGGUCGAACGGCUCCCCGUGUGUUGUGGGGAACUGGGCGAGCUUCAUUUGGCCUGAGAGCGACCCGGAAAGACUAGGACUGCUCACUUAUCUUUUGGAUGUUGGCUGCUUCCAUGACGAUGCUUGCGAGGAAAUGACCAUGGCGUCGGCCCAUGAGGAGCAUUUAGACCUCGCAGGAGCCAUGGACGUGGAGGACAAACGGAUGCUGAGUAAAGAUUCGCGAUCAUUGCGGACAAAACAGCUCGUUUCCAAGGCAGUCUUGGAAUGCAUCAAGAUUGAUAGACAAGGAGCAAUGCGCAUGCUCGAGGCAUAUAGGAAAAAAUGGCUGCGCAUCAUGGAAACUUACAACACGGACGAGAUAGACGGCAUUGACGACUACUUUCUGGCCAGAGCGAAUAAUGGGGGCAUGGGGGCAUAUUACGCAAUGCUGGAAUUCUCCCUGGGCAUCAGUGUUUCCGACGAUGAGUACGCCGCCAUGGCCGAACCUAUUACUCACGUUGAGCGCUGCAUGCUCCUGACUAAUGACUAUUGGAGCUGGCCGCGGGAGCGCGACCAGGCGGAGCACCAAGAGAGCGGCAAAGUGUUCAACGUCGUGUGGUUCCUGAUGAGGAAGGAGCAGUGCAGCGAGGCAGAUGCCAUGGACAGGGUGCGGCAGCUGAUUCACGCAGAGGAACGGGCGUGGACGGCUGCCAAAGAACGCCUGUAUGACCAGUGCCCAAAACUCCGACCGGACCUGGUCAGGCUGCUGGAGAGCCUGGAGACGGCCCUCGCGGGAAACGACUACUGGAGCAGUCGCUGCUACCGCCACCAUGACUGGCGACACGUCGCAGUGCGUCCGGUCCAGGAUGGUCCCGAGAUCCAUGAGCUUGCCGGCAUGGGCAAAGCUUUGGCCAUGAAUCUCGCCGCAGACAAUGACAGGACCCGCUCUGGUGCUUCCUCGCCCGAGUCGUCGUCGUCGGCUGCAGGGUCGUCGUCCUCCCACACCGCCGAAAUGAUGCCGCACAGCCCCCUGUCCAGCGUCAAAUCCACACCAACCUCUGCGACGAGCGAGGGGUCGUUGCCGGGCAUGCAGGCAGCCCCUGUGUUUGAGCCGGCGAGAUACAUUCGACAAAUGCCGUCCAAGAACAUGCGGUCGCAGCUGAUGGAUUGUUUCAACCUGUGGUUGGAGGUUCCCCAGCCCUCCCUUGCCGCCAUCAAGGAAACCAUCGACUGCCUGCACCACUCCUCGCUGAUACUGGACGACAUCGAGGACGGCUCCGACCUCAGGCGGGGCCUGCCGGCCGCGCACAUCGUCUACGGCGUCGGCCAGGCCAUCAACAGCGCCACCCAUCUCCACGUGCAGGCCGUCGCAAACAUGCACGCCAUGGCCUCCCGCGAGGGAAGGCCCCAGAUGAUGGACGUGUUUCUACACCACCUCAACCAGCUGUUUAUAGGCCAGAGCUGGGACCUGCACUGGACGUUCCACCGUCGCUGUCCUACCGAGGAGAAAUACCUAAACAUGAUUGACCAAAAGACGGGCGCCAUGCUGCAGAUGCUGCUGGAGCUGAUGCAAACGGCAGCAGCAGCCGCCAAGCAGGGUGUUCUCAAGGACGGCAAACAUUUGUUGUGGGAGUUUACAAGGCUCUUUGGCCGCUUCUUUCAGGUUCGCGACGACUACAUGAACACCCUGUCGACCGAGUAUGAACGACAAAAGGGGUUCGCCAGCGAUCUCAACGAGCAGAAGCUGUCGUAUAUGCUGGUCCACAUGUUUGAAGUAUACCCCGAGACGCGAGACAAGGUCGAGGGGGUUUUCAACACCAUGAGGCGAGGUGGCGUGUCGGAGGGCGCCGUAGACGUAGCCAAGACGUACAUCUUGUCGAUGAUGGAGGAGACGGGCACCAACAAUUUCACGUACAAGCUGCUCCAGAAGUGGCAUGGACAGGUUUUGGAGAGCAUCGGGGCGCUAGAGAAGCACUUUGGGGUGGAAAACGGCAUGCUUCGCCUGCUUGUAGAGACGCUGAGGGUUUGAUGUCAGAUCGAUAGAUGGUUGCCUCGUGAAUAUAGACCUCAUAGAGCCCUGUAAAAAAUCUUUCU